UGACAAGGAGAUAUUGAAGUUCGUCAUUCGGUCUCGACUGCUCAAUUGUGUGUCCUACCCAUAAUUAGUGAAUUAAACCACACAGUGUGUUGGCUCGUAGCAGCCUCUUGUUUACGUCUCAAUUAGGUGACUCGUGUCAUCUACUGAUCUUAUGUAUAAUUUAAAUUGUUAUACACUGCGAGUGGUUGUCUCCCAGGCUCUCACAUCAGGUGUGAUUAGUCAUGAGAAAUGGGUGUUCGGGGACUAACUAGUUACAUAGCAAAACACUCUGACCAAUACCUGGAACCAUAUGAACUUAAAGAUGGUUCCAUUAUUAUAGAUGGCAACAGUUUAGCAUCACAGCUUUAUAGCUUGGUAUCCAAUUGCAAUUCUGCAUUUGGUGGAGACUAUGACAAAUAUGCUAAUUAUGUGAAAUAUUUCUUUUCUCUCCUAAAAAGAAGUUGUGUGACUUCAUUUGUGAUCUUUGAUGGUGGAUAUGAAGCUAGAAAGUUGCCUACUGUUCGUGCCAGGUUGAAAGACAAAGUUUCUACUGCUAAAAUUAUUACACCUUUAACACAGUCCAAGUUCAAAUGUUUUCCUCUCUUCAUGAUUGAAGUUUUUAGAGAUGUGUUAGCCAGCAUGGAAAUCCCAUUUGCUCAGUGUGACUUUGAGGCAGAUGCUGAGAUUGCGGCUGUAGCUCAAAGACUGCAAUGUCCAGUUCUGAGUUAUGAUUCAGAUUUCUAUGUGUAUGAUGUUCUGUACAUACCAUUCUCAACUGUUGUUUUGAAGCCAGAAGAGCAUGAAUCUGUACAGUAUACAGAUGUUAGGCACCACAUUGACUGUCAGAUUUAUAACAGAGACAAAUUUCUUGAUAGUCUUGGUGGUUUGGACAAGUCGUUGCUUCCUGUGGUGUCUGCUUUGCUAGGGAAUGACUAUGUUGAACAUAGAAUGUUUGAAAAUUUCCUGUCACAAAUACAAUUGCCAAGGAACUGUUCUGUAAGCAAAACUGAACGACAAAUUAUGGGACUCUUCAAAUGGUUAAAGAAAGAAAAUGUGGAGACAGCUGUUGAAAAGAUCCUUCAGCACAUUGAAGGACGACAGCGUAAAGUUGUUACCAAAAAGCUGAAUGAAAUAAUAGCUGGGUAUAGAAUACGUUUAAGCAAUUUGUUUCCAUAUUUGGUCAUACCAAUGGAAGGCUGUUCAGAAUUAGAAUGCAGCUCUGUCACUGCUGCAAAUCUGAAAGGGAAGGAAAAUGUAAUCCAUUCAUUUAGUGAUUCAUACACUGAUAACAAUUCACAUCAGAUCAAAACGGUUCAGAUAUAUGAACACAAGGGUGGAAAGGAAAACAGGAGAAAACUUGAUGAACCAUUGUUGUAUGAUAUAGAUAUGCUGCCACAAAAUAUGUUUCCAGACUGGUUCAAGGACAGCUUACGUUGUGGAAACCUUCCACGAUGUUUCAUCAAUAUGCUUGUUCAUCAAAUUCACUUUUCUGCACCACAAGUUGAGAACUUCUCAUUACCAUUCUCCCAUAGAAUUAGUCUCUCACUAAUGUGUGCCAUAUAUGGCCUCCUCACAGCUGGUAACGUUACACAUGAGCUACAGUUACAGUAUAUUGUGUAUAACAAAAAUGCUCAACUCCAAACUCUCGUUCUGUCGCCCACAUAUGGUACUGCUUCAGUGAAAGUGUUUCCACCAUUGAAGAGUAUACCUGACUUACCAGUAUCCAUUAGAAGAAGCCUGCUGUUUGAUGUCACGGGUUUUGAUGCUGAUGACAUUGUCAUCUUGAAUAGUUUUCCAGAUGAGUGGAAGAUAUUUAUUGUUGCCCUGACUUACUGGGGUAGAAAUGUGUCUGAACCAUCACUUACAAUACAUCAUAUUCAUGCAGUAUUAUUUAGCAUAAUUUCUUUGAAUGUUGUUGACAGACGUGCAGGAUAUUACAGGUCAAAGAAAACUUUCUUAAAACAAAAUGGAGACAAACUUAAGAAAAUUGUUAUGUUACAAAAUGUUAAAGAAAAUGAAGAUAAAACUGAUAUUGAUACAAUUGAGGGAGACAGUGGAGAAUUAUUAGAUUUGUUUAAAAAUAAUUUGCCUUGUGAUAGAGAAAACAACUGUGGUUCAGUGACUGAUGCUUUGAUGGCAGUGUCAAGUGAAGAGUGUUUGUGUUUAGUUGAGACCAUGUUACAAUAUCACCAGAUGAAUGAUGGACUGAGGAGUAAUCCGAGUUUAUUUUCUGUGAGUGUAGUACACAUGUUUGCACAGUUUCAGAGCUGCUUGCUGCAUGUUAAGCAUCUCAAUGCUCUGCUCAACUUACCUUUCAUACAAUGUCGAGUUGACAACUUUUAUUCAGGAACUUUUAUUUACAAUGCAUAUAUGAGCUUUAAGAAACAUUCAGAUGUCGAGAACUAUGUUCUGACUCAUCUUUUAAAAUGUGCUUCCUCAGUAGCAGCUUUAUACAGAGUUAUGGUAAAAUCUGUAACAGAUUUCUUCACACACUUAACAGUGACACAGAGAAGGAAGAGAACACACAAAAAGAAGAAAAAGAAUGGUUCGAAAUGUUAUAAUAAAUCAGCAGGGGGUAAUGAAGAAAAUGUCAGUGUCAGAUCACAGACUGAAAACAUGAGAUUCAUAGACCAUAACAGAUUUUAUGCCCUCAGUUUGGGUGGCAGUAAUCAGUAAUGUCAUAAAAUGAAUGUAGCAUCAUGUAGUUUGGUGGAUGUUGACUUACAUUUUAGAGGAUCUUACUGCCUCCAUCAUCAGAGUGAUGCCACCCUUCCCAAAAGAAAGCCAUCUUUCUACUUGUCGCUAUGAGAACCUCAGAAAAUUGUCUUUUAGAAUUUGUGAAAGUUAAAUUUCAAUAAUAUUCUUCACAUGGGUCUAAGUAACAGCAUGUACUUAAUACAAUUUAUCAUGGUGACUUUUACAAUUUAUAUAUUCAACACCUGGUAUUCCAUUUGUAUGAAUUCAGCUUUUGCUGCUUGUUAAAAAAUCAUGACUGAGUAUUGAAAUCCCAUAAUGGAUCUAUUGUUAUUUAAUUAAUUCUUAUUUAACUAUAUAUAUUUAUUGCAAUUGCCUAAGAUUGAAAGUUGAUCAACUUUUUUUUUAAAUCCUGUAGUCUUGAACUCAUUUAUACUUACAAAGUUGUUUAUGCAUUUUUUGUUUUCCAAAUGUUAGGAACUAUUUUUUAUUUUAUGUGUGUAGUGUUAUGGCAAGGCCAGUGUAAUUGCAGUGUUUUGCUGAAGAAGUACGUUAACUUAAAGGUAAUCUCCUGUGGAUAUCCAGAUUUCAGUUAGUCUCUUCCAAAUAUAUGUUCCUGCAGGGCCUUUACAAUAUUUACACUACAUUAUAUCAUGAUUCAGACCUUUUAUAAAGAAGUUUAAGCCAGUUUAUAAAGGAUUCCCUGUCUCGCUUGUACUCUAUAGAAGAAUUUGUCAUCCAAAAAUUCUCAGCUAUUAUAAAAUGUAAACAAUAUUGGGUAUGGUUUUUUGUAUAAUUACUUUUUGUGGUAAUACUGUUGAUGACUUAAAAUUACCGUCAUAAUUAUGUAAUUUAUAUUUGUAUUAGAAACAAGUACUGUAUCUGUGCUAAGAUGUAUGUCCUUGGCUUGGGCCAAUGAAGGAUCUAUGGAAUGUAAAUAAAUUCUGCUCUAUUCUAUAACCAUA